AUGGCGGAGGAGGGCCGCUCUCAGUCGCUGCCGACUACCUCCGAACCCCCAGCAAUUCGAACGGCAGCCACACCCGAGCCCCAAACAGGGGGACCCCACGAGGCUCCGGAGACCAAUCAAAGUGGGGGGGCCCCUAGACAGCCUCCCCACAGCAGCAACAGCAGCAGCAGCAGCAGCAGCCGGCUGGAAGCUUGGAGGCCAGCAGCAGCUGGCCUCCAAGCUACAGCAGACGGUAGCGACACUCUAGCUGAGACAACGCAUGAAGCAAUCCCAGGCAGCAGCAGCAGCAAUAACAACAACAGCAGCAGCAGCAGCAGGAGGCACUUCUCUGCUUCCGCGUUGCUGGCAGACCCAAGUGUAUCGGUUGCUUCUGGCCAAGCAGCAGCAGCAGCAGCAGCACCUGCAGCAGCAAACAACCUCAGCACCACCACCCCUUCUCCCCCCCCCAACAACAACAGCAGCAGCAGCAACAGCAACAAUAAUAACACCAACGCCACCACGAACAGCAACAGCAGCAGCAGCAGCAGCAGCAGCGGAGAAGAAGAAGAAGGGUUUGAGGGUUUGGAGUCUUUGCCUGCUGUUGAAGUGCCCUUGCCAGUGUGUGGGGGUAUUCAUUUAUCUACAGUAACAGCUCCUUUAGAGAGAGCAGCAGCAAUCAUUCGCUGCAGCCAGAAGACGCUAGCUAGAGAUGCCGAGACAGCAGCAGCAAAAGCAACAGAAGAGUUAGAGAGAUGCAGCAGACGGCUGAGGGUCCUCAUGGAAGAACCUGACCUCCACGAAGAACAGAUGCGUGCGGGGCUGGGGACUGCACACUUCGCUCUUCAUUUAAAUUGCGCGGUGUUGGAGUAUUUGAGUCGCGGAGAAUUUAUAGAGACAGCAAAAAGAGCCGCCUCUGUCUUUCAUCUUGAGAGCGUGUUGGAGAUCGAGGUGCGUAUGCAGCAUGCGAUUAAUUUGUUGAAGGAGAAGAAGCCAAAGGAGGCGGUGAAAUAUAUAAAAGAGCACAUACAGCCUGCAGACAUCGAGCGGUGCCCAGACAUCCGACGGGUGUUGGCUCUGGCGGCGAUGCUCGACUUUCCUCCCCCCGAAUACGAGCACUUGCUAGGCGAAGAAAGAACUCGCCAACUGGUGGGGUUGUUCAUAAACACCAGCGCUGCGGCCCUCGGAAUGACUCCAGAGCCUCUGCUGGCUUCUCUCGUCUUCGCUGGUUUGUGCGCCGUUAAGUCUGGAGGCUGUCAAGAUAAUGCUUCCCCCAACUGCCCCGCCUGCAUCCCGGAGUUGUCGGAUUUAAUAAAGAAAAUGCCGAUGCCUCAUCGCGUGCGCAGCCACAUCAUUUGCUGCGUCACUGGGGAACCCAUG